UAUGGAUGGCUGCUGUGCUUCGGAAUAUUUAUAUCAACUUGUUGCCAAACAAUGAGUUUACACCAUGCUUAUUGGUUUGGAACAAAGUUGUCAAUUGAGGUGCGUGGUUCAUUGAUCGGGACAAUGUAUAGGAAGAUGUUAAGAUUGAAUCAUACAUCUAGGACAAAGUAUACUGGCAAGAUAAUCAAUCUUAUAACUAUGGAUGCUGGAAAUGUUGGCGAAUACUUCUGGACAUCAUAUUGUGAUGUACUCAUACAUCCACUUCAUAUCAUUUUGCUACUACUCCUACUAUGUUAUAUCAUUGGACCAUCUGGCUUGGUUGGAUUCGCGACAUUAGGCAUAUUCCUACCUCUAACAACAUUCUUCAACACGAGAAAGAAUCGAUACUUUACUCAAACAAUGGGUCACUCUGACAAGAGAAUCAAGAUAAUCAGCGAGUUCAUAUGUGGCAUCAGAUUCCUAAAGUUGUACAACUGGGAGCGAUACUUCUUUGAUCGAUGUGAUGUCGAGCGUAACAAACAACUCGAUUCGAGUAGGACCCAGUUGAUGUAUUAUGUGAUCGAUCAAACAUUUGCAAGCAUGUCCAAUCUCGUAGUAUUGUUGGCUACAUUUGGAACAUACAUUGGUGUUGGCAACACACUCACUGCUCAGACUGCAUUCCCUGCACUCACCAUACUAUACGGACUAAGAACACCACUCUACAUGUGGACAUUUGUUCUCCAAAAGAUGUUACAGAUGAUGGCCAGUACCAAGCGUAUCGAGGAGUUCCUUCAAGCACCCGAAGUAGCAGCCACCUCGUCACCAUCAGAUUCAUCAGAUGGUGUUUCGAUCAAAGAUAGCGAGUUCACAUGGAAUGAUCAAUCCAUCAAUGAUUUCCAAGACAAGGAUAGCUCAAGCUUGUUGAGCAUGGAAUCAUCCCACUCACAUUCAAACUCAGUUCUAAAAGGUAUCAACUUUGAACCCCCAAAGGGCAAGUUGACGGUCAUUGUUGGAAGGGUUGGUGAGGGCAAGUCAAGUUUGGUCUCGGCAAUAUUGGGAGAGAUCAAGAUGGUUGCUGGAAGCGUGGCUAGACCGGAGUCAGUUGGAUAUACACCUCAAGUACCUUGGAUAUUAAGUGGAACAGUUAGAGAUAAUAUCCUGUUUGGUAGACCUUUGGACUGGAAGAGAUACAAGGAUGUCUUGGAGGCAUGUUGUUUGAAAGUUGAUUUGGUCGACUUCCCAAUGAAAGACUUGUCAGAGAUAGGAGAGAAGGGUAUCAGUCUAUCAGGUGGCCAGAAACAACGAAUAUCUCUAGCACGAUGUCUCUAUGCUAAUACCGAUGUCAUUGUGAUGGAUGAACCACUCUCGGCUGUUGAUGCAGAGGUUGGCAAACACCUCUUUGAAGAAUGCAUUCAAGGAAUGAUGAGUGGACGCACACGGAUCCUUGUCACCCAUCAGAUCCAAUUCAUCUCAUCUGCCGAUCACAUUGUAGUCAUUGAACAAGGACGUCUCAUUCAAGGUACCUACGAUCAACUCCAGUCCAAAGGCAUUGACUUUGAGGAGAUUAUGAAUACCAAAUUUGGUGGUGGUGUAGGUUUGGGUGUGGAACCAUCCCAUCCUCCUGCUACCAGUGACCCUCUCACCAAUUCAGUGGACCAGGUCAAACAUAUUGACAUCAAUGAUUGUGUUGUGAUUGACCAAUCAAUUAUACAUGAUCCAGUCAAUGAACUAAGAGCCAAGUUGAUCACAGUUGAGGAGAGGAACAAGGGAGAGAUUGGCAAGUCAACAUACAUCCCAUACUUCAAAUCAGGUGGACCUACAAUACUUUACAUCUUUGUGUUCCUAGCCUAUCUCUGUGCCCAACUCGCCAGUCAAUCAGCAGACUAUUGGUUACUAAUUUGGACGAGUAAUAAUGGUGAAUCCAAACAUUAUCUUAUGAUCUAUGGAUUGAUCAUCGCCAUAUUUGGAAUAUUGGUCUGCGUCAAGAUGACAUCGAUAUCAUACAUGACAUGGAAUGCAUCCAAGAAGCUACAUCAUACCAUGAUGCAUAGUGUAUUCAAUUCACCAACGACAUUCUUUGAUAGUAACCCAUCUGGCCGCAUACUUAAUCGAUUCUCCAAGGAUAUUGGCGACCUUGACUAUGCCCUACUCGAAUCAAUCAAUGACGUGGUGUCCUGUGGCACAUCAUUCCUCAUCGCCCUGGCAUUGAUGGCAUACCUCACGCCCUACAUCCUAAUCCCCGUCUGCCUCCUCUCUUUGUAUUACUACCAGAUACAAAAGUUCUACCGCCACUCAAGUCGUGAACUCAAAAGAAUGGACUCAAUCUCGAGAAGUCCCAUCUUUGGCCAUGUCAGCGAAUCAUUCAAUGGUCUGUCAUCCAUCCGAGUGUUUGGACAACAACAACGCUUUGUUGACACCUUUGAUCAACAUGUCGAUCUGAACCUGCGCAUAUUCUACCAUGCCUACUCGGUCAACCGAUGGCUGGGCAUGAACCUGGAACUGAUGACAGGUCUCAUGGUACUCUCCGCAUCAAUUAUCGCCAUGCUCACCGCCAGCUACUCUCCCAGUGUCGCGGGAAUCGUGGUAACCUCAGCCAUUGGCAUCACUGGAAUGCUCAAUAUCGCCAUUCGCCAAUACUCAGAGUUGGAGGUGAGGAUGAACUCGGUGGAGCGCAUCCUCGAGUAUGUCCAGCUUCCUCGUGAGGGUGCAAGAGUGGUCGCGGACAACCGACCAGACGAGGGAUGGCCGAACAGAGGUGAGAUUGAGUUCAAGAACAUUGAGGUGCGAUAUCGUCCCAACCUGGAGCCCAGCUUACGAGACAUCAACCUGUCGAUUGGAGCCGGCAAUAAGAUUGGCAUUGUCGGUCGCACUGGCGCUGGCAAGAGCACGAUUGGUCUCACACUCUUCCGCCUCGUGGAGCCUUGCAAGGGAGCGAUAUACAUCGAUGGCGUGGACAUCACAAAGAUUGGACUGGACGAUUUGCGAGGCAAACUAUGUGUCAUCCCCCAAGACCCAUUCAUCUUCUCGGGUACAGUUCGCAUGAACAUCGAUCCAUUCAAUGAGCACACAGACUUGGAUCUCUGGCAGGCAUUGGAGAAAGUCAAUAUGAAGCAUGUUGUCGAGUCAAUGCCAAUGAAGUUGGAUGGUACAUUGGAGGAAGGAGGUGAUGGCUUCUCUGUAGGCCAGAAACAACUACUAUGUCUUGUUCGCGCACUCUUGAACAAGUCACCUGUUAUCUUGAUGGAUGAGGCCACUGCCUCUUUGGACUAUGCUACCGAUGCUUUGAUCAAACGAGUGAUUGAGACCAACUUCAAAGAUCGAACUGUAUUGACUAUAGCACAUAGAUUGGAUACCAUCAUUGACAGUGACCUAAUAGUAGUCGUAGAUCGUGGACAAGUUGUUGAGUAUGAUAGUCCAAACAACCUACUCAAUCUCCAACCAGAUAGUAGAUUCAAACAACUUGUCAAUGCUCAAUCUAAUGUAUUAUCAUUACGUCAUGGUAAUGGUAUUGGUAACAGUUCACCAGAU